UGACGUCACGUCAUUUAGUGUCGGUACACAGGAAGAGUGAAGCUAGCAGGUGUGACAGCCAAAUUCAGUUGUGGCGACUUUUCUGCAAGAUUCUACCAAAAAGACAGACACCAACAAGUAGGAAUCUGUGCACAGUGACAUCUGAGACCUAAGACAAGGCAGAGGACUGUUUACAUUGAGGUUCACGUCCCACUGUCACUGUACUCUGACUGUUGUUAAUAGACGCAUCUCUGAAUCUGGAAAAAAUGAACUCUGAACCGCCUGAGUAAACGUGACAGGGUUGGAGAUCCUGCAUGACUUCUCUCGUUGACCCGAAUAGCUGACAGAUCAAGGCACACACGGAGGUAGAGCAGAGUGUGUACUCAGUGUGUGUUUGGGGGAUGUCAGCCCAGUCAUAAAACACAAGUAUUAUUCCAGUUGGUUUGUGUAGUAAUGAGAUAACUUCCAGCAGUAGAACUGACAGUCAUCUGUCCUGAGGUACAUCACAGUCAGAAAACUACCACUUCCAGGUGGUGUGUGUGGGUAUAUUGCCAGAGGAUUCUAGUACAACAUACAUCUUCUGUAGGAAAGUUCAGAGAAGAGAAAGAGAGAGGAAUAAUAAUAAUCUCACUGUCAUGAUAGCUGGAGGCAGGCUGGCUCUGGUGAUGACUCUAUGGAAAAGUAUCUUCUGAGAAGAUCAGAUGGCUGAUGUGACCUGAUAGUGGUUGUGGCUUACAGCUGUUUGUGUUCUUUACAUUACUACCCGCUGCUAUCUCAUCUCAUCUCAUCUCGGAUAUACUGGAAAGUAUCAGCAUUCUCUGCAGUGCACCAGUCUAGUGCUAUGCUGCAGUCCUAGUUGACGUGGUAACAUGGUGGAGUUGAAAGUGUGGGUGGACGGGAUUCAGAGGGUCAUCUGUGGUGUGACAGAGUCCACCUCUUGUCAGGAUGUAGUCAUUGCUCUGGCCCAGGCCACAGGAAGGACAGGGAGAUUUACACUCAUAGAAAAAUGGAGAGACAAUGAAAGAUUGCUCUCCCCUUCAGACAAUCCUCUGAAAAUCCUUCACAAGUGGGGGGAGUAUGCUCAUGAAGUGCAAUUUGUUUUACGUCAGAGACAGGAAGGCAAACAGAGGACUGAUAAGUUUUUACACAAUUUCACACCACCACCCUCCCAUGGUAGUGUUGGCGGAGGCAACAGUGCAACCAGUAUCAAAAAAUCCCUAACAUUCAGUGGUGCUCACAACUACAGUUUUCAAACCAAACCAAGUGCAAGAGUCCAACCUCGUCAUGCUAUACAAGAAAACUCAUCUCUGGAGAGUCUGGAGGAGGAACCAAGUGCCUCGGACAUUCCUCUCUCAAAACACUCUACAGAAAACAUCAGUACAUCUUAUGCCAAAUCAGGAGGCCCACCCUCAUCAUCCUCGUCAUACUCCUCUUCUCCAUACAGUAGUUUGGACAAAAAACAUUAUCAAGGUGCUUUCCAGCGAGUGACAAAUUCAAGUGCAACUAAUUCCACCCUUGGUGGAGGACAGAGCAGCGGUCAGCCGCAAACUUCUGCCCUUUUCAGGUCCCGCAAUCAGCCGUACCCAGGGGUGGGAAGGUCCCCUGUGGCCAGUAUCGCCCCUCAAGUGGGAGGAGGAAGUUGGAACCAUGGGCACUCACACGCCCCUAGUCCUUUGACUGACAUAGAGAAAAGUCCCCAAGAAUUUGCUCAGUAUGAUCAAAAUCAAAAUGCUAAAGGAAUUGUUGAGAAUCAUCAAGAUUUAGAGGAAUUAGACUUGGACCAGAGUUUAGCCGAGGAAGCGGCUAAACUUCACAUAGAUCAAGCAUUUGGUUUGGACGAGUAUAGAAAUAUAGUCCCUGCUAAAACCCAAACUGAUGACCUCAUUGAACUGAUUAACAUGCAGCACGAGAAGCUGGUAAAACAAGAGGCACAGUUAAAAGAUCUUGAUGAAGAGAUACAGUACUGGGAGAAGCAAGAUAGAGAAAGUUCUCACCAAGCUUCCCUUAUUGAAGAUGAAAUCAAAAGACUUGAAUAUGCAAAAGAGCAAUAUGAACUAGAAAUGAAAGACACUGAUUCAGUGAAACUGGAAGAGGAACUCCAGCUGUUACAACAAAAUGACAAAACAUUGCAAUCUGAAAUUACGUUAUUUAAGUCCAAAACGUCAAACAGUGAAACAGAUCUAUUACAGUCUAAGAACAAAAUACGGCUUUUGUUGGAUGACAUAGACGAAGAAAAACUUGCACUGAACAAAAGACAACAGGAAGAAAAGGAAGAAGAACUCAAGAUUUUAUCCGAGGUUUCAAAAUUACAGAAAGAAUUGAAAGAUCUGCUUACGGAAUCUGAACAAGAGCGCAGUAAGGUUGAAGAAGUUGAGAAAGAGGUCAAGGAGGUGGAGGAGUCAUUAAUAACAAAAAAGAAGGAAAUUACUAACCUUGAACAAGGCAUCAAAACUGUCAAUUUAGAGCUGUUCAUGAAGACCCCUACUGAGCUGCAUACAGUGGAAAUUGCUGACGGUUUCUCCUCAACCCGGCCCAUGUCUCCCAUCCCCCCAGGUAGCACAAGAAAAAUGACCAGUCUACCCCAAAAGCUGGCAGAGACAGCGCCCACUGCCAGAAACCCUCAAGGUCUGUGGGUGUGACCCUGCGUCCUCUGGGUGUGUGGGUGUGAUGGUGAUCCCUACCAGGAACCCUCAGGAUUUGUGGGUGUGAUGCUAGUUAUCUUCAGUCGUGAAUCUUCUUGAGAUCUUGGACACCACAUCAGAACUCAUCCUCAUCAUCAUCUUCAUCAGAAUGGUAUUUUUCAUUAGCAAAGAACUAACUUUAUAUUACAGUAUACUGCAAUAUGUAUUUAUAUCUAUAUCCUGCUGGCAGAGUCUGCCCCCGGGAUAAUAGUACCAUUGGGUUUAGAAACUUCUCAAUUAAACUUAGAAAUGCCACACGUGUCAUAUCUUUUGCUCUGGGCGCUUCUAUUUUUAAUCUGAGAAUUUGUGCUGGUCCAGUGCCUUAAAAGUCUAUGCAGAGAAUGAAUGAAUUGUGAUAUUGUGAUGUAAAUGGAGGCAGGCAAAUGUUUGGAUUGAGGUGAAUUUUGACUGCUUGCAAUUUUGUUAAAAAAUGAUAGUUUACCAAUUUAACUUUUAAUAUAUUAAGACUUGUUUUUUGACUGUGCUGAUCAGCCGUUGACUGAACAUUUGUAUGAUAAAAUUACUUUUUUAUUAAAGAUUUGCCUUUAUCUGUAUAUCAUUAAUACAAAAAAUAUAUAUAAACUAUAUCAUUUUUUAAAAAAUUGUAAUGAUGAAGGUGAUUGACAUUUCAUUGAUGUAGACGUGCAGUUCUCCCGCCGCAGAAUUCAAGACCUACAUUUCCAAUUCUUAGUUGCAUCCAGAAAGGACAUUGAUCAUUGUAAUGAAGCAUUAUUUUGCUAUUACUUUACAAAAUCAUAGAAAACAUUAUUGCCAUAAGUCUUGUAGACAUUGCCAUGUAACAUUUAAGAAAAAUAGAGGUGUUAUUUCUAUAUCGCAUAAACUUUAAUAAGCAAUAUCAUUUCAUGGUUUGAACAGCUUUUGUUUUUCAAUUUUCAUUAGACAAAAUUUAUUAUGAAAGAACAAUUUUAUAAGAUUUAAUGUCAAACUAAAAAGCUAAAUGCAUGACUCAAAAUGGUGAUAAAGCAAAUAUUAAGACUGAAUUGAUAUCAAAAUAUUUCUUUGUAAACAUUUUAUCAUAUUUUUUAUAAAAACAAUUUUUCUGACAGUGGACAUACUUUGCUUCUCAUCUAGAAUCUGUGGUUUAUAAAAUUUCUGAAGCGUUCCAUUUGCUUUUUGUGCAAUCUUGCCAUACGCAGGUGAUGAUCUGUGACUGCAGUUUUGGAUAUAGUAAUUUUACAUACAGGUUUUCAUUGCAAAUGGCUGAAAAACUCGGUUUCUGGACAUUUACUUUUCCUUUGUCAUAAGAAAGCUAUUACCAAUAAUCGGGUGCUCUGAUUAUGUCAGUUACUAAGCUCAUGUACAAUACUCUUCUGGGUGAGUAUUCACUUUAUUACCACAGAAGGAUAAAUAUCCAAGGGAUAAAAAUCCAGGUUUAUGCAACAGAGAACAAAUGGAUGAAUGUUUUGAGAACACAUGAAUAUUAAGUUUCUUGUAUGUCUUUUGUAUCUUUAAUAGGAGUGAAAAAUUGGCUGAGUUAUAAGAAAUACAAUUUUUUCAGUGGAAGUGCAGGUAGUAGAAACAAUCGCAGAAAUCUUGCAACUUGGAAAUGAUUUUUCUGGUGUCUUCAUUGAGGCAUCAGUUUUGAAAAAAAAUAAAUAAAACUAAAUAAAUAAAAUAAAACUAUCUAGCACAUAGCUUUGGCUACCUGUGGUUUUCCUGAUAUAUAUGCUGAAUUAGUUAUAGUAUAAAUGGUCAGAAUAUUUAUAUAGCUUGAGAUUUUAUAGUUCUCACAAGAACUUUAUUUCAUGCUUUAUUAUGUAUUCAUAAAUGCUAGACGGUAUUAAUUCAAUUUUCCCUCAUUGUAAAUAGAAGAAUGAAAAAUAUAAGAUCAGAACUUAUUUA